AUGGCAGAACCGCAACUGAAGCUGGGGGGUUUUGUGCAUCAGCGUCCCGUGCAGGAGGAGGAGGAGCGCGAUCCGACGUGGAACGAGGACGCCAUCGAAAACUGGUCAAGCAGUACAGAUGAUGACGAAGAGGAGUCGGGGAUGGAUGUUGAUGAGAUUAUUCCUCCUCCAGUGGUGAGCGAUGUUAUUCCGCAGUUUGAUGGCAGUGCGGGACCAGCUCAGAGUGAGCCACCAGCACCACCACGAGUGAGGCUUUCGGAACUCGCAAGAAUUGUUCAAGAGCAGAAGCGGUGGAUGGAUGACCACAUGAAUUCUGGGCGGUUUACACCUACAGGAGAACAGAGCAGCCUGACACCUGUUAGACGGGAGAGUACCGACUCUGAUAGCUCGUUGGCUUCCAUCCCUGCCAUUGCGGCUCAACCCAAGGAGACACCUGUUCCGCUGCCACCUACAGUUGCUAAUGCUGCGACGGCUGGCACUCCAUCAACUCCGGCCCUCGAUCCAUCAGGACGAGCAAGCCUACCUCCUGCACCUGUCGCAAAGGGUCCUUCUUUUACUCCUACACCUGUUCCGCUCCCGCCAGCAAUAGGUCGAAGUGCUUCUGCGUCGUUUGUUAACGGCCACACGAUACCGAGCUCAGGACCGCCCAAGGCUAAUUUGCCUGACUUGAGAGCGCCACCCUCAAGUGUUGGGAACCAGGACACCUGGCGGAGCGGACCACCGAGCGGGAAGCUAUCUGCAAACUCGUUUCAGGCAAUUACUGCGGCACUCUCACGGCCGAAUAUUGCCAUGGCAGUGGAGUUUGCUAGUGAUGGAAGGCCGUAUUCGGUGUAUUGUCAACCUGAUGGAGAGUUGACCUCAGCGAGAGGAGCGUUAAUUCCGGCUGGUUAUGAGUUACACGAUGACCCUGUUUAUCCUUUCAUCUGCCCCAUACGAAGCUGUCGACGCACACUGAAGACAUUGAUGGCUCUGGGUGGCCACUUUGGUGCCGGCCAUAAGAAUCUAACGCUUAACGAUAAUGGCGAUGGCACCCUUUCGCAGGUUGGGACUUACAAAAAUCCUGCGGGAAGCUCGCCUGCUAUUGUUAUAUCACAAAAUCCUCUAUCCGAUAAGACUUUAGGUCUUGCUGUUCCCCGUCUUUCAGACACUGAGAUGAAAGGGAUUGCAUAUAAGCGUCAGUUCCAAGAACCGGCUGAGCCUGCGGCGAUUAAACGCCGUUUCCGGUUGGCGGACCAUCUUGGCUUGCAUUUUGAAACGUCAAAGCCCGAGGAUAUGAAUGUUUUGACAUACGUGGGUCGGAUUAACUAUCAAGGGCACACCCACCCUGUUCGACCGGACAUCAGCGCCAUGGCUAAGAUGCCCCAGCUGAGGAAUUUGCCAACUUCAUUUAUAGAACAUCACCAAGGAACAAUGAUGGAUCACCAGACGUAUGCGUGUGCUGUUGCCUACAUAACUGGCGUGGAGCUUUCUGGCCCGUUGGCUUGCCAUGCAGCCACUGGCUUUCUGGCACGGCUGUCCGAGAAAUGCAUUGUAUUACCACGCCUGGAUCAGGAGCAGAGGAACAAGUUUUGCAAGCAUCACAUCUGUGUAGGAUGUGCAUACUUAUCUCACGCCACGGGUGAACCGGAUCAUUGUUCACUGAACGUCCAAAGGAGCGAGACACGUGUUGAUGAUGGACAACCGGUUGGGGUCCGGCCAUUAUCAGUACGACCGAUGCCCGUGGUUCGGUCUUCGCAACCAGCUCCACAGCAGCCACCGCCUGGAUCCCUUAUCGAUUCUCCUAAGGAACAGGAUUUGACGCUGGCUAGUCGACGGCCGGUGAGACAAAGUGUCCUGAACCGAUUGCAGAUGGAUAAGGAGAAUAUUGGAAGUCGAGGACAAGCGCAAGCAGCGUCCCCGAGUUUACGAAGUAGUGCUGAGCCGGAACGUAUCGUAGCGAAACGACGAACGCAGACAAAGUCACCGAGUGUGCAACCUAACAAGGAGUCGGGGUCGGAGCGCGUAACAGGCGUGCAGCCGGGGCAGUUUGGGACGCCAGAUUAUGAGAUGGAAGACUGGGAAAUUGCGCCUGGUCGUGUAACGAGUGAAGAUGCUUCUCGAAACGUAGCAUAUUCCGGCGCGUUUCUUACCUCAUCCACACCUAUUACUAUUUCGCCGGAUAUUUGCUUCCAUGUUCUCACCAUACGACCCGGACAGAUCUUCAACGUGGAUGUAAAAAAGGACAAGAUGCAGGUGUUUUCGGUGGCAUCAGGUAAAGUGAGAGUUACGACGGGUGGCAAAACGGUGCAGUUGGGUCCCAACGGGGCUUUCCCAGUGCGACCGGGCGAGACAUGUAUUAUCGAGAAUAGGGUUUACUUUGAGGCGAUGGUUCACUGCACGACGGUGAAGGAUUAUGAGUUGGCAUAG